CGGCGCGCGCGUGAGCGCGAGGGAGGAUCCCCUCACCCGCGCGGGCCCCACGCCACCCCCGUCCCCGGCGGGGGCUCCUCCUCCUCCUCCUCCUCCCGCGAUCCCCUUCCCUCCGCCUCGCCGGCGCCGCCGUCGCGCCUCCCCGGCCACCGCCACCUCGGGUAACCUCCGCACGCGGUCGAUCACUCCAUCGACAGGCGCCACUGCUGCGCAGCUGCACUGAAGCGCGCGCGGCCGGUUCGCCACCUCGGAUGACCCAUGGCGCAGAGCUCGUCCCGGCUUCACCGCCUGCUCACCUUGCUAGACACUGGCUCCACGCAAGCAACGAGGUUCGCGGCCGCACGCCAGAUCGGAGAUAUUGCCAAGUCGCAUCCCCUGGAGCUUAGUGCCCUGUUGAAGAAGGUUUCUCAGUACAUUCGUAGUAAGAAUUGGGACACAAGGGUUGCUGCAGCACGUGCAAUCGGUGCCAUAGCAGAGAAUGUCAAACACAUGUCAGUGAAAGACUUGUUUGCAUCUGUGGAAGCAGAAAAACAUGCUUCUGGAUUAUCUGAUGAAACUGCUGAUGUUGGGUCAGCACUGCCACCUCCUGAUACUGCUGCAACAUCUGAGCUUGCUUUUGGAAGCUUUGAUAUCAACAGGGUAUUGGAAUUUGGAUCUCCUUUGUUGUCAUCAGGUGGACAGGAAUAUGAUGUUGCUAAUGAUAAUGGCAAGAAUCCAGCAGACCGCUUAGCUCGCCAAAAGCAAAAUCUUCGGCGGCGCUUAGGUCUUGAUGUGUGCGAGCAGUUCAUGGAUUUCAAUGAUGUUAUCAAAGAUGAGGAUCUUCUUGCCCAAAAGAAUUAUUGGGAUGCAAAUGUCCAGAACAAUGGAUUUUAUUCGUUUAAUAGUGGUCAAAAUAUUCAGCACUUGGUCGCCUCCAUGGUUCCUAGGUAUCCGAAACAUUCUAAUUAUCGACCUAAGCGAUUAAGUGCAAGGGAACGCAAUAUGCUGAAGCGGAAAGCAAAGAGCAAUGCAAAAGAUCAUACUAAGUCUGCACCAGAGGAUGAUGAGGUCGCGCUGAAAAAUUCUGCAUCGUCCAAUGGAGCAUCUUCUGACCAAGUUGCUGCAUAUAAUGAUACUUCUGACACAGUUGUAGAUGAAGACAACACGGAGUACAGCGACAGUGGGAGAUGGCCUUUUCAACAAUUUGUGGAUCAGCUUCUUCUUGAUAUGUUCGAUCCUAUUUGGGAAGUUCGCCAUGGCACCAUUAUGGCUUUGAGGGAAAUUUUGACGCAUCAAGGUGCUUGUGCUGGAGUAUAUAUCCCUGAUCUGAGCUCACCUCUUGCUGAUCUGGAUGAUAGAUCCGAUUCUGACUCCCUGAAAAGGCCACAUGGUAUUGAUCUUAACGACGGCAUAGAUGUGGAACAGCUUGAACCAGUUCUGAAGAGACAUAAGAAAGAUGAGCCAAAUUCUUCUGAGAUUAUUCAUGAAUCGGUUGCGGAGAGACUUACAGAAGAGAAGCCAAAUCCUUCUGAGAUUAUGGACAUUGACUUGGAUAAGAAGCUGGUCAAUGCGGAUGAUUCCAAAGCAGAGGCAGGUUUGAGUAAUGUGUUCACUAUAUCAAGUGUUGAACCUAAUUCUGCUGAUGUAAAGGUUGAACCAGAGUUGCAGCUUGAUAAUUCAACUGGUCUUUCUAAAGCGGAUACAUCCUGUACAUCACUCCACAAUGCAGUCAGCUCGGCAUCAACUCCAAGUUCUGUUAUACAUGUUCAUGAAAAUUUGAAGUAUGUGAAACUGAUGAAACUGGCCAAGCACUCAUGUAUGAAGAAUUGGGAGUUUCUUCAAGAUUGUGCAAUUCGUUUCCUUUGCGUGCUUUCAUUGGACCGCUUUGGGGAUUAUGUAUCUGAUCAAGUGGUUGCCCCUGUCCGUGAAACUUGCGCUCAAGCUCUUGGUGCUGUACUGAAGUACAUGCAUCCUUCUUUAGUGUGCCAUACACUAAAUAUCUUACUGCAAAUGCAGCACAGGCAAGAGUGGGAAGUUCGUCAUGGGAGCCUCCUUGGAAUCAAAUACUUGGUUGCGGUUCGCAAGGAAAUGCUUAAAGAUCUGUUUGAGUAUGUCCUUCAUGCUUGUAAGGCUGGUUUGGAGGAUCCAGAUGAUGAUGUCCGUGCUGUAGCUGCAGAGGCCCUGAUCCCAGCUGCUGCUUCUUUAGUUAGACUAAAUGAUCAAAUGCUGCAUUCAGUUGUGAUGUUGUUAUGGGAUAUAUUGCUUGACCUUGACGACCUAAGCCCAUCUACAAGCAGUGUAAUGAAUUUGUUAGCUGAGAUAUACUCGCAACCAGAGAUGGUUCCGAAGAUGCUUGGCAUGACAGCCUUAGGGGAAAGAGAAUUUGAUCUAAACAAAGCUACUCAGACAGCUGAGCAAGAAGACAUGUUGGCAUAUAGCGAGAACCCUUAUGUUUUAGCCACACUGACACCCCGUUUGUGGCCUUUUAUGAGACACAGCAUUACUUCAGUUCGGCGUUCUGCUAUACGAACAUUGGAGAGGCUUCUUGAAGUUGGCAAUACCGGAAGUUCAGCUGGAAACACCCCAUCUACAUUCUGGCCUACAUCUAUAUUGGGUGACUCGCUGCAGGUUGUCUUCCAGAAUAUACUUUUGGAGUCAAAUGACGAGAUUCUUCGAUCUUCUGAAAGGGCAUGGAAACUUCUACUUCAGUGCCCUGCAAAGGACCUUGAGUGUGCUGCAGUGUCAUAUUUCAGUAACUGGGUGCAACUUGCUACAUCUCCAUAUGGCACUGCAUUGGAUUCUACAAAAAUGUUUCUGCCAGUUGCCCUUCCCCGAGGUAGUCGUUCAAGAGCUGCUGCAAAGAUAAGUUCUGCAAGGCUAGAACAUGAAAGUUCAAGGAUGAUAUCUUUUGGUUCUACAGGGGAAAAUUCUUCACAUGAGAGGCAUUUUGAGGUUUCGUCGAAUGUUCCAAAGAUAAUUGUGGGGGCUGAUUCUGACAAAUCUGUUACUCAUACACGGGUGCUAACAGCAAUGGCCCUUGGGCUCUUUGCCGCAAAGUUGCCAGUUGGCUCGUGGCAAGUUGUUCUUACUCCACUUGCAAAUGAUGUCAUGUCUUCCUCAGGAGUCCAGAGACAGGUUGCUUCUAUGGUUAUUGUUUCUUGGUUUAAAGAUCUCAGAGGAAGAGAUCUUGCUGCCGUGGGCGCAUUGCUAGCUUUCUUCUCCUCUGUGAAAGAGUAUCUGUUGGAUUUACUAUCUUGCUCUGAUCCUGCGUUUCCAACAAAAGACUCUGUGCUUCCAUAUUCUGAACUUGCAAGAACGUACACAAAGAUGCGCAAUGAAGCCACUAAUUUGUUCCGCUCAGUUGAUUCUUGUGCUAUAUUCAAAGAUUAUGCCAGCGGCUUAAAUUUUAACGCUGACAUGCUGAGCGUUGAUGAAGCUAUUAAUUUUGCUUCAAAGCUGUUGUUGCCCACUGAACUUGAUCUUCCUUCGGACAGUGAGAAAAUUGUCCUGAAUAACGUAGAGUCCGCAAAACAAGGCCUGUUGUCUACAUCAGGCUACUUGAAAUGUGUUCAGAAUAAUUUGCACGUAACAGUCUCUUCUUUAGUGGCUUCUGCUGUCGUCUGGAUGUCUGGGUUACCAAGCAAGUUGAACCCAGUCAUUUUACCUUUGAUGGCUGCUAUAAAAAGAGAACAGGAGGAGCUACUUCAAGACAAAGCUGCAGAUGCACUUGCGGAGCUCAUUUUUAGUUGUGUUGGUCGGAAGCCUGGUCCCAAUGACAAGCUAACAAAGAACCUCUGCACCUUAGCAUGCACGGAUAUUUAUGAGACACCUCAAGCUGCAGUCAUCAAUUCAAUGCAGGUUAUUGAGGACCAAAAUCUGCUGUCAAUUGGGAAGCGUUCUAGCAAUCACAAAUCCAGGGGUCAUGCUAGUUCUGGUGGUGAAGAAAGAACAAAAACGGAAGGUUUUAUUAGCCGUCGUGGAUCAGAGUUGGCUCUAAAGCAUCUCUGUGAGAAAUUUGGAUCAUCAUUAUUUGAGAAACUCCCGAAGAUAUGGGAUUGCCUUACCGAAUUUCUUAAACCUGUUGAGAUCCAAGAUGGCAUUCAGAAAGAUGAUCCAAGUAUUGCACAACUAGGCAGAUCUUGUGAGGACAAGGACCCACAGUCUGUCAUAAACAAUAUUCAGGUUGUUCGCUCAGUUACACCUCACCUACCUGAGCCCUUAAGGCCUCAGCUGUUAAGGCUCCUUCCCUGUAUUCUUGGGUGCGUGCGUCAUCCUCAUGUAGCUGUUAGGUUAGCGGCUGCCAGAUGCAUCACAUCAAUGGCGAAGUCAUUGACUGGUAAUGUGAUGGUAGUUGUUAUAGAAAAUGCCAUUCCUAUGCUGUCGGAUUCAUCUUCUGUGUGUGCAAGACAAGGAGCUGGGAUGCUUUUGAGCCUUCUUGUUCAGGGUUUGGCUGUGGAGUUGGUUCCUUAUGCUCCUUUCCUUGUUGUACCUCUUCUGAGGUGCAUGAGUGACCCUGAUGGAUCUGUUAGGCAGUCUGUUACUCACAGUUUUGCUGCUUUGGUUCCUUUGCUGCCAUUAGCGAAGGGUGUUCCGCUACCGAGUGGACUAAGUGAGCGCUUAUCUAGAAGCACGGAAGAUGCAGAAUUUCUGGAACAACUCCUUGACAACUCCCAAAUUGAUGAUUACAAGCUCAACAUUCAUCUUAGCGUUGAGUUACGAAGGUACCAGCAAGAAGGAAUCAACUGGUUAGCAUUCCUGAGACGGUUUAAGUUACAUGGAAUUUUAUGUGAUGACAUGGGGCUUGGCAAGACACUCCAGGCAUCUGCUAUUGUAGCAAGUGAUAUUGCUGAGUCACGUGCACGGAAUGAUGACAAAGAUCCAAAAUCUUUGAUUAUCUGUCCUUCUACUUUAGUAGCACAUUGGGAAUACGAAAUGGAGAAGUACAUAGACAGCUCUAUCAUGAAACCUCUUCAGUACGUUGGUUCAUCACCAGACAGGAUACUGCUGCGUAGUCAAUUUGAUAAGUUCAAUGUUAUCAUUACAUCGUAUGAUAUUAUACGCAAGGAUAUCGAUUUCCUUGAGAAUAUCUAUUGGAACUAUUGUGUUCUGGAUGAAGGGCACAUCAUCAAAAACUCAAGAUCUAAAGUAACGUCUGCUGUGAAACAGUUGAAAGCGCAACACCGUCUUAUCCUGAGUGGAACUCCUAUUCAGAACAAUGUACUGGAAUUGUGGUCUCUAUUCGACUUCCUUAUGCCUGGGUUUCUUGGAACAGAAAAACAGUUCCAAGCUACAUAUGGGAAACCACUGAUAGCAGCUAAAGAUUCGAAAUGUUCAGCAAGGGAUUCUGAAGCUGGCAUUCUUGCAAUGGAGGCACUUCAUAAGCAGGUCAUGCCGUUUCUACUCAGAAGAACCAAGGAUGAAGUCUUAUCCGAUCUUCCAGAGAAGAUCAUCCAGGAUAGAUAUUGCAACCUCAGUCAAUUGCAGCUGAAACUUUAUGACAAAUUCUCUAACUCCAAUGCAAGAGAAGAGAUCUCAACUAUUGUAAAAGCAAAUGAAUCAGAGCAAUCUACUGCUCAACCAAAGGCAACUCGUCAUGUGUUUCAGGCAUUACAAUACCUAUUAAAACUCUGCAGCCAUCCUUUACUUGUAACUGGGGAGAGCCCACCUGACUAUCUUGUGGAUCAUCUAAAGGAAAUAGGUGUGGGAACUAGUGGUGCGCUGCAUGAGCUGCACCACUCUCCUAAGCUUGUUGCUCUUCAAGAGAUACUUCACGAAUGUGGUAUAGGAUUAGAAAUAUCAAGUCCUGAUGCUUCCGCAGCUGUUGGGCAACACAGAGUUCUGAUUUUCGCUCAACAUAAGGCUUUUCUUGACGUUAUCGAGAAGGACCUGUUUCAGUCCCAUAUGAGAAGUGUCACAUAUUUGCGGCUUGAUGGCUCUGUUCAAACAGAGAAGAGAUUUGAGAUUGUCAAAUCGUUCAAUUCAGAUCCAACCAUUGACGUGCUUCUAUUAACAACACAUGUUGGUGGUUUGGGCUUGAAUUUGACAUCUGCCGACACAUUGGUCUUCAUGGAACAUGAUUGGAACCCGAUGAAGGAUCUCCAGGCAAUGGACAGAGCACAUCGCCUGGGUCAAAAGAAAGUUGUGAACGUGCACCGUCUCAUCAUGCGCGGCACCGUGGAAGAGAAAGUGAUGAGCCUCCAGCGGUUCAAGGUGUCUAUUGCCAAUGCGGUCAUCAAUGCCGAGAAUGCUAGCCUGAAGACCAUGAACACUGACCAGCUGCUUGAUCUAUUCACUUCGACCCCUGCUUCCAGAAAGGCGUCGGUUCUCCCAAGCAGUUCAAUUGGUGAGGACAGUAAAGACUCCAGUGGAAAACCUGGCAAGAAGGGCCUGAAGUCCAUCCUAAACGGGCUGGACGAGCUGUGGGACCAGUCACAGUACGCGGAUGAGUACGACAUGAACCAGUUCCUGGUGAAGCUCAACGGGUGAACAUCCGCCGCGAGUGUACAGUGUAAAGUUAAAUCAGGCAACAUCAGAUAUCUCUUUUGUUUUUUUUUUUCAUAGGAAGAAAGAGGGAUGAUCGCAAGAUCGAUCUAGAGCAGGAUGAUGGGGCUAACUUAUAGGCGAAUUGAGACGGUGAAUCUCAGUUUUGUUUUUCGAUUUUGUUAGGAGGGUUAUCUAGAUGCCUGGCCGUGGGUCAGAGGCUGUAAAGUUUUGGUCUUAUUUAUGAUCCAAGUGCAGCUUCUUUUGAAUUUAUAGUCCAAGUGCAGAUUCUUUUGAAAA